AUUCGUUUCUGUUUGUUUUCGUUUUCAAGGAAAUCGGGAGAGAGUGUACGAUAUUUUUUGCUUUUUAUGGUCAGAAUCGAUGUAUAACUGUGAUUUUUGGAGCUUUAUAUCAUUUUCUUUGGAUCAUCUUUGUUAGAUUAUAGUAAUAGGAACGUUCUCUUUAGUUAUUUCCGAAAGAAAACGGAACUUAGGCUUUUUGGCAGGAAAUUUUUUGGUAGAAAUGUUUUCCUGAAAAUCGGAAGUGAAGUAAAGUGAAUGUUUUCAUGUUUGGUAAUUGAAUGGAUUAGUGUUAUGAUGCUGUUUUCAUGACAUAGUUUGACCACAAGCCAUUUCUUCAAUGGGGGGAGCUUGUUCUAGGAAGAGAGACCAAAUGGACAAUGAAGAUGGUUUGCAUAGAGGGGUUUCUGGAAGAUAUUGCAAAAGUGGGAGUUCGAAGUGGUUGGCAACAACUUUUACUAGACCUAUUGUUGAAAUUCAAAGGGAAAAAGGAAAAUGCCCGUCACUUAUGGAAUUAUGCACUUACAAAAUACGAGAGGAUAUAGAUAAUUAUGGUUCAUUUUCUACGCUCCCAAGUGAUCUAAGUCAGCAGAUCUUUAAUGAACUAGUGAAUUCGCAACGACUGACUGAUGUUUCUCUCAAAGCUUUUCGAAAUUGUGCUCUUCAGGACCUGUACCUGGGAGACUACCCUGGGGUUAAUGACAAUUGGAUGGAUGUCAUUUCUUCACAAGGGUCAUCUUUGCUUUUGGUGGACCUCUCUGGUUCUGAUAUCACUGAUUCUGGGUUGAUAUAUCUCAAAGAUUGCGCUAACCUUCUGUCUUUAAACUUAAAUUACUGUGACCAGAUUUCUGACCGUGGGCUACAACACAUCAGUGGUCUCUCCAAUUUGACCAGUCUGAGUUUUCGGAGAAAUGGUGCAAUUACUGCACAAGGAAUGACUGCCCUCUCUGGCCUAGUAAACUUGUUGAAGUUGGACCUGGAAAAAUGUCCUUGGAUUCAUGGGGGCUUUGUUCAUAUCAAAGGUUUGAAAAAGUUAGAGUCUCUUAAUAUUAAAUGGUGUAAUUGCAUAACAGAUGCUGAUAUGGAGGCUCUCUCAGGGCUCACAAACUUGAAAAGCUUACAGAUCUCCUGCAGUAGGGUCACAGAUUUUGGCAUCGCUUAUUUAAAAGGUCUGCAAAAGCUUUCUAUUUUGAACUUGGAGGGCUGCCCAGUUACAGCUUCAUGCUUGGAUUCUCUUUCAGCUCUUGCAUCUCUGUUAUAUUUGAAUCUUAGCAGAUGCAAUUUAUCUGAUGAUGGAUGUGAGAAGUUUUCGAAGCUUGGUAAUCUGAAGGUAUUAAACUUGGGUUUCAAUGACAUCAGUGAUGCAUGUUUGAUGCACCUGAAAGGUUUGACAAAUUUGGAGAGCUUGAACUUGGAUUCGUGUAGAAUUGGUGAUGAUGGGUUGGUUCAUUUGACAGGUCUUCAACGUUUGAAAUGUUUGGAGUUGUCUGAUACUGAAGUUGGAAGCAAUGGCCUUAGCCAUCUUUCUGGUUUGUGUAAUCUGGAGAGUAUAAACCUGUCAUUCACCAUAAUUAGUGAUGGUGGUUUAAGAAAACUGUCUGGACUGUCAUCUCUUAAAUCACUUAACCUGGAUGCUCGUCAAAUCACAGAUGCUGGACUUGCGGCUCUUACAAGUUUGACUGGAUUGACUCAUCUUGAUCUUUUUGGAGCACGUAUCACUGAUUCUGGGACAAAUUACCUGCGGAGUAUGAUAUAUGACAACUUCAAGAACUUGCGCUCCUUGGAAAUAUGUGGUGGAGGAUUGACUGAUGCUGGAGUGAAGAAUAUUAAAGAUCUUUCAUCCCUGUCAUUGCUAAACCUCUCGCAGAACUGCAACCUAACGGAUAAAACAUUGGAGAUGAUCUCUGGGUUGACAGGAUUGGUCUCUUUGAACGUGUCGAAUUCUCGAAUAACAAGUGCAGGAUUGCGACAUUUAAAGCCACUGAAAAAUUUAAGAUCUCUGACGAUGGAGUCUUGCAGGGUCACAGCAAAUGACAUUAAGAAGCUUCAGUCAGCUGACCUCCCUAAUCUGGUGAACUUCCGCCCCGAGUAAUUCCUAUGGUGGCGUGGGUAUAUUCUGUAAAUAGCCUAAUUUGGUGAACUUCCGCCCUGGGUGAUGCCUAUGACCGUCGGGAUAUAUUCUGUAAAUAGCUUUUGUUUUAGAGGGGAGGACUGCUAUUUAUGUUUAUAAGUUUAAGCAGAUGUUUGAUGUAUUUGUACAUAUGGGUGAACGGAAGGCGAUGGCGAUUCAACUGGCUCAGGAACUAAAGGUUCGAAUGGAACCCUAAAAUUAGCUCCGUACCUCGAUGCGAAAGGAGGGUCUAAAAUGGUGUCCCUUGAGGAGCUGCUGUAGGUUAAUAGAUGGAAGAAUGGUGUUAAUGUAAUUUGGAUGAUUUAUGAGCUGUUUGUGAUGUAUUGCAUUGCACUUUGUCCAUUGUUCUACUGAUUCAUGAAUGAAUGGAAUUCAUACUUAAUUU